GGAGAUGGCAACAAGGUAGAAGUUCACGUUCUCGCUCUCCUUCUGCAGAUGAUGGGAGGAACCUCCGAGGUAAUAAAGGUAUCAAUCGCCAAGAUUCUUUUGCGCACGAGCACGAUAAAGCGAGAGAGGACUCUCUUGAGAUCGAGGAUCAAUCAACAGUCUUGAAACAAGCACAAGAGCUGUAUCAGUACGUAGUCGCUUCGCAGGACGAAAAGCACGCUACAGAGGCUUUACAUGGCAUGUUGGGGUACAAAUUAGAGCGCAUGACCCGGUUCACCAAUCAGUAUCAAG